UCACACUGGCAAAUAACAAAAAAAUACAAGACGUCGUCAUUCGUGUUGGAAUUCCACCAAAAUAGUUAAGUUUUCGUUUUUGUUUCAACAUUUGUGGGAACACCAGGAGCACUUAGGAACGAUCGCCUGGAUUUCGGAUCACAACAGCCAGCCAAAAGCAUUAUGGCAGCCGGAACCACACUACAGAAGGCCAUCGAUUUGGUGACCAAGGCCACCGAGGAGGAUCGCAACAAGAACUAUGCAGAGGCAUUGCGUCUUUACGAACACGGCGUGGAGUACUUCCUGCACACCAUCAAAUAUGAAGCGCAGGGCGAGAAGGCCAAGGAAUCGAUCCGGGCCAAGUGCCUGCAGUAUCUGGACAGGGCCGAGAAGCUUAAGGAGUACCUGAAGAAGGGCAAAAAGAAACCGAUCAAGGAGGGAGGGGAGUCCAGCUCCAAGGAGGACAAGGACAAGAAGAGCGACAGCGACGAUGAGGACGGCGAUGAUCCAGAGAAGAAGAAACUGCAGAGCAAGCUGGAGGACGCCAUUGUGAUUGAGAAGCCAAAGGUGCAAUGGUCCGAUGUCGCCGGCUUGGAUGCUGCCAAAGAGGCACUGAAGGAGGCUGUCAUCCUGCCCAUCAAAUUCCCGCAGCUCUUCACCGGCAAGCGUAUACCGUGGAAGGGCAUCCUGCUGUUCGGACCGCCCGGUACCGGUAAAUCCUAUCUGGCCAAGGCCGUCGCCACAGAGGCCAAUCGGUCCACAUUCUUCUCGGUGUCCAGCUCCGAUCUGAUGUCCAAAUGGCUGGGCGAGUCCGAGAAGCUGGUCAAGAAUCUCUUCGAGCUGGCCCGACAGCACAAGCCCUCGAUCAUCUUCAUUGACGAGAUCGAUUCGAUGUGCUCGGCCCGUUCGGACAACGAGAAUGACAGUGUGCGUCGCAUCAAGACCGAGUUUCUGGUACAGAUGCAGGGCGUGGGCAAUGAUACGGACGGCAUUCUGGUCCUGGGCGCCACCAAUAUCCCGUGGGUUCUCGACUCGGCCAUCAGACGUCGCUUUGAGAAACGUAUCUACAUUCCGCUACCGGAGCCGCAUGCCCGCCUUGUCAUGUUCAAGAUACACUUGGGCAACACCACGCACGUACUCACCGAGCAGGAUCUCAAGGAAUUGGCCGGCAAGACCGAAGGUUACUCCGGCGCUGAUAUAUCGAUUGUGGUACGCGAUGCCUUGAUGGAACCAGUACGAAAAGUCCAAACGGCCACGCAUUUCAAACGGGUCACCGGACCCAGUCCAACGAAUAAGGAUGAGAUUGUCAAUGAUCUGCUGGUGCCCUGCUCGCCCGGCGACGAGGGUGCCGUCGAGAUGAACUGGAUGGAUGUGCCCAGUGAUAAACUCUUUGAACCGCCUGUAACCAUGCGCGACAUGCUGAAGUCCUUGUCGCGUACGAAACCCACUGUGAACGAGGAUGAUCUUAAGAAGCUGCGCAAAUUCACAGAGGACUUUGGCCAAGAGGGCUAGAUGCCAGAUCCACGCCAGAAACCGCCCUUCAGCACCACCAGCUAAUUCAAAUUGUUGCCUAUUACAUAAAUUCAAACACGUUUUUACCUUCUGGCUCUCCUUAAACUCAGUUUUUUUUUUAUUUUACUUUAUAUAUAUAUAUGUAUACAUGCAAAAUAUGGUUAAAAAAAAAGAAAAAGAAGAGAAACCAAUGUAAUUCUGGAUGGAGAGUAUUAGAGGAUGAGGAGGAGGAGGGAUUGUUGUAAUCACAAAGUCUAUGUAUUUUUGUACUCUAAUUGUUAAGCUGUAGAACCCGAAACCGAAACCUAUACCGAUACCGAUACUGAAACCGAUAUGCAAUAUGUGUCUGCGCUUGCGCAAAGUCUUGCCACAGAUAGAUCAGAUCAGGAGGAGGAGGAGGAGGAGGCGGUGUGGAGUGCGAGUGCGAGUAGCAGUUGGAAGGAGUUAAGCUAAACCAAGUCAGGCCAACCAAAACCUAUUUAAAAAUUGUAACGUACGAGUAAUAAAAUUCAGAUUGUAUACACAUAGAA